UAUGAAGAUAACGAAUAUGAUCACUACCCCAUGUGUUUUUUUUCCUGUUGGAAGGUGUAAGCAUCGUGGUAGUGACUCCUAAUACCUACAUACAUGCCAUGACAUCGAGAUAGAUUGAGUAUCAUGGAGAUGGUAGUGAUGACGUCAGAUCUCGACAUCGAGGGGACGCUUAUCUGGGGUCUCACAAUUGACUCGGGCAGCUCUUCCGCCCAAGCUACUCCAUAUUGUUUCCUCGGAUCUCCAUUCCUCCUCGGACGCACAGCGGGCUCGCGGAUGCGACGUAACCGCAUAUCAUUAUUCCCUCAGAGUCUUCCGCUGGUCCAGCACAACUCAACCAAAAAGUACGGAGCGCAAUCCAACCUUUGCAGGUGCAUUUGUUGGGGACGCGACUUACAUCGGGUGUGCCACAGUCGGCAAGCUAGAGAAGUGGCUAGUGGUGGCCGGGUGGGAGCCACUUUCUGGCCUGGGCCUAAUGAGGCUUUCUCCAACUUUGGGAGGAGGCAACGCUGUGCAGCGGUGCAGAUGCAGAGGGAUGGUAGAAGAGACAUGCAUGUGGCAGGCAGCUGUGGCUGGCAUGUGACGAAUGAGGCCGGGGGAUGUGGGCAUGGGACGUGGGAUUGGCACUAGAGAUGGGUGCAGCUUGGGUUGGAUGAUUGAGAUGUGAUUGGUGCGUUGGUUCUGGGUGUGAGACAUGAAGAGAGCCGAGACAGUGGGAGAGACAUGAGAUGCGAGAGCUUCAUGAUAGCGGUACACUUGUGAG